AUGGCAUCGUCCAUUAUCUUCGUGACCUUGGCUCUAGUUGCAGCAGCAUCUGUUCCUGCAUCGGUGAUGGGUACUGAUUUCAUGGUUGGAGAUGACAAGGGCUGGACCCUCAACUUCGACUACCAAACCUGGGCCGACGGGAAGCAGUUCUACGUCGGCGACCGGCUCGUUUUCAAGUAUCCGGAGAGCGUCCACAACGUCUUGAAAGUCAACGGGACCGGCUUCCAACAGUGCGCGGCGCCGGUGGGCACUGUGCCUCUGGCCACCGGGAACGACGUCAUUCCUCUUUUGGCCCCUGGAAGAAAGUGGUACAUCUGCGGCGUCGGCAAGCAUUGUGCAAUCGGCAUGAAACUUGUCAUAACCGUGCUGCCAAAAACAGAGUCGCCUGCACCCGCGCCCGUAGCAGGUGAAGCCUCGGCUGCCGGAGGAAGCAUUGCGCCUCGAUAUUGCGCCUCGAUCAUGGCUGUCUUCGGCAUUAUUGCAAUGGUUAUGGUUUGA